AUCACCUGUCUUUUAAUUUACUUAACAAAAUCUUUGAUAGAAACAAAAUGGAAGAAAGUAAAAGAAACUUAUUAGAUGAAGAAGCGAAAGCUUCUUUAGAUAUAUGGAGGUAUGUCUUUGGGUUUGCAGAUAUUGCAGCUGCAAAGUGUGCCAUUGAUCUUAAAAUACCAGAAGCCAAUGAAAACCAUCCUUCGUCACAGCCGGUGACACUAACCGAACUCUCCUCCGCCGUCUCUGCUUCUCCUUCACAUCUCCUCCGUAUAAUGAGGUUUCUUGUGCACCAAGGACUCUUCAAAGAAGUCCCCACAAAAGAUGGUUUAGCCACAGGAUACACUAACACGCCACUCUCUCGCCGUAUGAUGAUCACAAAACGUGAUGGCAAAUCGGAGGCUCCUUUGCUUCUCUUGGAAACAAGUCCCGAGAUGCUUGCUCCAUGGUUGAAGCUGAGCUCAGUCGUUUCUUCGCCGGUACUCAAUGUUUCAACUCCACCACCGUUUGAUGCAGUGCACGGUAAGGACUUGUGGUCGUUCGCGCAGGAUAAUCCGUGCCACAGCGAGCUAAUCAACGAGGCCAUGGCUUGUGAUGCAAGGCGUGUGAUGCCACGUGUAGCGGGAGCUUGUCACGGCUUGUUUGACGGCGUGGCUACGGUGGUUGACGUAGGAGGAGGUACGGGAGAGACGUUGGGGAUACUUGUGAAGGAGUUUCCUUGGAUCAAAGGAUUUAACUUUGAUCUUCCUCAUGUUAUUGAAGUUGCUCAAGUCUUGGACGGUGUUGAGAAUGUUGAGGGUGAUAUGUUUGAUUCUAUUCCCGCAUGUGACGCUGUUAUCAUCAAGUGGGUGUUACACGAUUGGGGAGACAAAGAUUGCAUAAAGAUAUUGAAGAAUUGCAAAGAAGCUGUCCCACCAAAUGUCGGCAAAGUGUUGAUAGUGGAGUGCGUUAUCGGAGAGAAGAAAAAUACUAUGGUAGUAGAAGAAAGAGAUGACAAGUUAGAGCACGUGAGAUUGCAGCUUGACAUGGUGAUGAUGGUUCACACAAGCACAGGGAAAGAACGAACUUUGAAAGAAUGGGACUUUGUUCUUACAGAAGCUGGCUUUGCUCGAUAUGAGGAAGAGAUGAGUGAGAAAGCGAAGAAAGGUCGAUCAAACUUUAACGGAUUACAUCACCCUGUUGUUGAUUUCUGGCGACGAGAGGUCGGUGGAAUCUCCUCUCGUAAUUUCUCCAAUCGCUUCUCCGCCUCCGAGAAUUUGGUUCUGCGUCUAGAGAUAUACAAGAAGCUAGAGAAGCACAAAGGAUGUGUGAACACUGUGAGUUUCAAUGCAGAAGGAGAUGUUCUGAUUUCGGGUUCCGAUGAUCGGCGUGUCGUUCUUUGGGAUUGGCAACUUGGUAAUGUUAAGCUAUCCUUCCAUUCAGGACACGCUAAUAACGUAUUUCAAGCAAAGUUUAUGCCUUUCUCUGAUGAUCGAACCAUUGUUACCUGUGCUGCUGAUGGAAUGGUUCGGCGUGCAAGUAUUCUUGAGGGUGAUAAAGUGGAGACGUCUUUCUUGGGAUUGCAUCAAGGAAGAGCUCAUAAGCUAUGUAUAGAGCCAGGAAACCCACAUAUAUUUUAUACAUGUGGUGAAGAUGGAUUAGUACAACGAUUUGACUUGAGGACUGAAGCCCCUACAGAACUUUUCACUUGCCAAUCAGUUGAUCCUAGGAGGAGGAACAUGGAAGCCAUCCAGCUAAAUGCUAUUGCGAUUGACCCGAGAAAUUCUAACCUCUUUGCUGUUGGGGGAAUGGACGAGUACGCUCGUCUUUAUGAUGUCCGUAGAUUUCAGGGUGAUGGUUCAAAUGGUUUUACCCGAGCCGCUGAUCACUUUUGCCCUCCACAUCUUAUUGGAAAUGAAGAAGUUGGAAUAACGGGUUUGGCUUUCUCAGAGCAAAGCGAGCUUCUUGUCUCAUACAAUGAUGAAUUCAUCUAUCUUUUCACACCCGAUAUGGGAUUAGGGUCUAGCCCUAUCCCAUCCUCCCCGAUAUCCAAGAGUAGUGUAUCAAAAUCAGAAUCAGCUUCUUCCCCAAAAGAUGAGAACGAACACUUAGUUCCUUUGGUUUAUAAGGGGCACAAAAACAGUGAGACAGUUAAGGGUGUGAAUUUUUUUGGACCUCGGUCUGAAUAUGUGGUUAGUGGGUCAGACUGUGGGCGGAUAUUUAUUUGGAGGAAAAAAGGUGGGGAGCUUAUCCGUGUUAUGGAAGCAGAUAGGCAUGUGGUUAACUGUAUUGAGCCUCAUCCGCAUAUUCCUGUGCUUGCUAGCAGUGGAAUUGAAAGUGACAUCAAGGUGUGGACGUCAAAGGCAGCUGAGAGAGCUACGUUACCUGAAAACAUCGAACUGUUACCGAGUCGCUUUCGCAUUCCUUGGUUAUCGUUUCUUAGCUUCCAUGAUUAUGACGACGAAUUAUUUGGUAAUGGAAUGGAUAUUGGUAUUGAUGGGAACGAGGGGGAAGAUGAAUCAAUUGAUGAUGCUGAGGAUGAUUCAGAUUCAGAUUAUAGCAGUGGACUAGAUGAUAAUGAUUCUGAUGAUGACAUGGAUAGUGAUGAUGAUCGCAAGCGAACGCCUAGGGGAUGGAUGUACCGUGUCUCUUCACCGCAGGAACUAUUGGCCCAACUCUUCUCGCUGCAAAACCGGAGCAGUAGUAGUCCAGAGAGAGAAGGAGAAUCAUCUUCAGCCACUGGAAGAGAACUUCUUGAUCUUAUCCUCACCUUCAAUGAUCAGAGCGACGAUGAAAAUGCAACUGAUGAUGAAGAUGGUAAUAGCCAUGAAGACUUCUUCUCUUGAAAGAAAACUCCUCUGGAAGAAUUUGUAAAUAUUUUUUCAGUCCCUUUAAAACCUUUUAUGUAUUUUGAUUUACCACAUGGUUUUUCAUUGUUCAAUAAAGUCUCAACAUUAUA